UCUGUCCCGCUCCUUUUGGUUCCCACGGGGACAUUUCCAUCCCCCCAGCCAGCGAGCCCAGGUCCCUGUCCGAUCCCUGUGCCUGGGAAUCACAGCUCGGGGGGCAUUUGGGUCCCGGACCAGUGCUGGGAGUGCUCCCAACAUCUGUCCUUCUCAGGGUGCUGUGUCUGAGCCCCCAGACCCGGAGUGUCCGGCACAGCCCGUGGCCAGCUCCUCUCAGGCUGUGUCCCCCGGGCUCGGCUCCUCCUCACGGUGUCCCUGCUGCCCCAGCCCGGCUCGGGGAUCUCCUUGUGCCCCCUGAGCUCCAGGAGUCCUGCGGUUUGUGGUCCCUGUACUGGGCCAGCCCUUUGGCUGCCCUUUAUCUCCCAGCCCCAUCGGCUCCGUGGCUGCAGGACCCUCUGUGGGCUCUCUCCCUCUGGGGGUCCCCGUGGUUCAGCCCCCCAGGACCCUCACGGGGGUCAUUCAAGCCUGAAUGACCGAGUACAGAGCCCAGGUGAGCAGGGAUGGACACCCGGGUGGGAGCAGGGUGGAACCAGCAUCGUUCCCUGGCUGAUCCAUCCCGACAGGAUCCAGCUCACGGGGGAUGUGGGAAUGCACAGAGGCUGCUCCCUGCUCCCCUCGGCACAGUCCCAGCUGCUCCUCAGGGGGGUGCCGGGGCUUCAGUGGGACCCUCCGAGGCUCGGAGCUCGGUGGCAGCAGGUGACAGGCACGAGAGCUUUGUCUCAGGCCUGUUCCCAUCCCUGCAGGGCGCUCACAGCCCUUCCCCGGGCCAGCCCUGCCCUCCUGGUACUGCUGGGAGAGAAAAAGCUCCCUAAAUCACCCGCGGGCGUCCUGGGUGAGCGACUCCUCACUGGCUGCAUCUCCCCGCUCGGGGAAUGGCGUUUUCCCCCGAAAACCCCAAAUCUGAGCGGAUCAGUUGCCUUUUCUUUCCGGAGAGGGGGAUGGGAGAGACGAGAUCUUGCUUGAACAGUCAAAGAUUUUUAGAUGUGCCCUGAUGCCGCAGGGUCUCCCGGCUCCUGGAAAUGCAGCUCUCUUCCAGCGUGGCUGAACUCAGCUGCGACGAGACCAUGGACCCACCCGCCGAGGACUUCCAGCAGGUCCUGUCCAUCGACCAAAUCCGCUCCAUCCGCGCCAGCAACAACUACGUGGAGAGGCCGGCGGCGUGCUUCCAGCAAACCCGCUCCAACCCCUCGCUCUCGCAGCCCCCGCACAAGCAGGAGUGGCCCCAGGAGCGCCUGGCGUCCUCCACCUUGCAGGACCUGCACCGCAGCCACAGCCAGCAGCACCAGAUGCCCCUGCAGCCGCACCUGAGCCACUCGAGCACGGCCAGCUCGGUGUCGCAGAGCACCGCGGCCUCCGAGCAGCGCCUGCUGAGCAGCCUGACCCCGUCGCACUCCGGGCACUCUCUGGUGCGGACGCAGCCCCUCGGAGGG